AUGGGAAACUUUCAACUCAACUGCAACUCUUAUGGGGUGCCUUUCGUGGUAGCUACUACCGAUUGCAAGCUCUCUUCUCAGUAUUUAGAAGGGAUCAACGUCAAAACAAGGAGAGAGUUUGUGGUGGAUUAUACAGAAAAUAAUGGUGAUAGCAGUGGUUAUCAUCCUCUGGUUUUGCAGGUAACCAAAUUUUCAUGUGGAGGGUUCACGAUUGGAAUGGGACUGUCACACUCUGUCUGUGAUGGGUUUGGUGCUUCUCAGUUUUUCAGAGGCUUAGCCGAGUUAGCAAGUGGAAAGACUGAGCCAAGUGUGAAGCCUGUAUGGGAGAGACACAGGUUAUUAGCCGUAAAACCUAAUCUCGAGUUUCCUUUCAACAUGGCUUCUCUUGCAACUUCACCAUAUCUGCCAGCCACUGAGCUUGUCAACGAGUGCUUCAAUGUCAACUUUGACACCAUAACAAGACUCAGACUGAGGUUGAUGAAGGAAAGUAGUACUGAAUAUAAUAACCAUGGAAAGAGUACUAAUUUCACUACUGUUGAGGUUCUUGGUGCCUAUGUUUGGAGAUCAAGACUCAGAGCUCUAAACCUGAACCCAGAUGGGAAAACUGUGUUUGGUCUAAUAGUUGGGAUCAGACCCAUUUUAAACCCACCUUUGCCUGAAGGGUACUACGGAAACGCCAUUGCAGCAGCAAACGUGAUCUUAACAGGGAGAGAGCUUGAAGGAUUACCGCUAUUCAAAGUUUCUCAGCUCAUCAAAGAAAGCAAAAUCCUCUGCAACAACAAUGACUACGUAAAGAAUUCGAUUAACAAUUUGGGGCAGUUGUGGGAGGUGAUCUACAAGAAUAUUGAAGGAGGAACUGGUGCAAUCAUGAUGUUGACGGAUUGGAGACAACUGGGUUUGAUGGAAGAAGUUGAUUUUGGAUGGGGAGGGUUGGUGAACAUGAUAACAUUACCAUGGAACCUGUUUGGGUGCAGUGAUUUCUGUAUGUUCAUGCCUCCUUGCAAAAUGGAUCCUUCAAUGAAAGACGGGAUUAGGGUUUUUACUUGCCUCCCAACAGCUGCCAUUGUUAAGUUCAAGCAAGAGAUGGAGGCUCUCAAAAAUGGUGCUGAUGCUUAA